AUGGCAAAGAAAGCCAAGGCUCGCCUGAUCAACGUGCGCCUCAUCUCCAUGGCCAUGACGGGCUUCUUCUACACAUUCAAGCGACCCCGAACCGCACCGUUGAUGGGCAUGUUGAAAUACGACCCCAUUGUGCGCAAGAAGGUCUUGUUCCUCGAAACCAAAAAGAGAGCAAAAUGA